CUCCAAAUUACCCAGAUGACUACGACAACAAUGUCGGAGUGCUUUGGCAGUUCAUAGUCCCCACUGGGUUUAGGAUCAGGGUACAGUUCAGUGUAUUCGAACUUGACAGUGGUUCAGUUUUUAGGGAAGGUGAUUCUCUUAUAGUCUACCACGGACUAUCAAACUCUUUAGACAGCGCUACUAUAAGAGCUCUUCUUUCUGGAUCUUCGCUUCCUCUCGAAAUAUCAUCCAUCGGUUCAUAUCUAUGGCUUUGGUUCACAUCAGAUUACACAGUGACGAAGAAAGGAUUUUCAUUAUCAGUCAGUGUAGUCAAGCCAGACUGGGCUUGUGAUUUUCAAGAUGUUCCCUGUCAAUUGGUGACUGGUCGUGGAAGCUGGGAAAUUGGAAAUAUCAAUAAUUAUUACUACAUUUUAACCACAGAUGAUUCAUCAAGUUUCACCAUUAAUCACACAUUUACAUCAAGAGAAGGUGUCCUAUCAUUUGCUCGUUGGCAGCGAAACUCUGGUUCUCUCAAUGUGACGAUUUGCAAGACACAGGACCCCUACUUGUAUGGGGACACUCAGCGAUAUAUCGUAUACGAAUACAUUUCAUACAAGUGCGAAGGAGCCCAAGAUAUUGAGAUAACUUUAACGGCUACGGGGUAUAGACUUUCAAGUGUUCUUGACAUACAGAUCUAUGAAACUUUAAAACCUGUCACAGAGACAACAACUCUAUCAACUGACGCUAAUACCAGGCCAAGUGUGUCCGUUCCUUCUUGGUCAACAACUCAACCGAAAAGUCCUCAGAUGUCUUCCAGGGGCUCUUCAACCAUGUCAACAAAGGAGUCAACAGAAAACGCUGUGACGAAAUCGGAAGCCACAACCGAUAGCCCAGUACCAACUCUCCAAGGAAAUUUACGAGGGCAAAAUACAGCUGCAAUCGCAGCAGCAUGUUCUGUUGUUGCUUUAGUGGUACUUGUCGUCGUCAUAAUUAUUGUAUGUAUCCGUAAAAGAUCCCGAAAUCCAAAGACGGCUGCACCCCAUGAAAAAGACGAGGACGAGUCCAACUUAUAUAACAACCCAGUGUAUUGUUCAAACGAUGGAGGUCUUCCAAUCCCAGACCUGAUCGUCGGUACGACUUCCAACGACGGCCGUUCUACCCUUGCACCACUAAAACCAGCUGACGUUGACAGUCAGUCUAAAGAAUUCGAAGGCCAUCGCCAUCUAAAUACGAACAUCGGUGAUUCCCAUUCCCAUGGUAAUGCCUUCAGUGGUAUCAUAUCCGAGAGUGGAGAACUGAAUCCAGUUACAUAUUACUCUCUCGAAGAUCCAUCCGCCAUUGCUGUUAACGAUGAUGCCCUCAAUGAGGAUGAUUAUCACACCUACGAACAAGCUAUCACGCCAUCAAAGAAACCAGAUGAAGCAACUACGAAAGUCCCAAAAGGAACCGGCAGUUUGUAUCAAGACUUAGACCAACUGUCGCCAUCAAUGAAUGCUUAUUCUUCUCUUGUUACGAAAAAUGAUUUGCCCAAACAUGGAACACAAAAUGGUGGGAAAGAUGGACAAACAGAUGGUUCUGCUGUUCUUGACGAUGAGUUGGAGUACAAUGCGCUCAACUUCAAUAAGUCAUCAGACGUCACCCGGGCAUUAAAGACGCCAGCUGGUGUAUCAGAUAUAAAGGCAAACAAUGGAUAUGGUGUCCUCGAUCUACCAAAAGAAGGCCACUCGGAGCAGUCUACACAGCUUCACAACGACGAUGUUUAUAAUACCAUCGGGGGUUCUCCACAUGAGCAAGACAACACGAAACAACCACCUCCAGAAUCGUUCAGUGGGUACCAAGCUCUGAACCAUGGACCACCGGACCCUCAGAUUUCUCGGCAAGGUCUCAAUCCGCAAAGGGUUCCUCCAGUAUCCCCUGGAGAAUACCAAAGUCUAUCAACGGGCCCUAAAGGUUCAGGACCUAAGAUGGAAGCAUCCGGCUCGGAUCAGCCAGAUGAUGGAUCCGAAUACCAUAGCUACCAGGAUCCACGUCAAAUGGACAUGAAUGGAUCCGUCCCUCGAGAACCGAAUGCCUUUUCGAGUGACCAGUACAAUAUCCUUAAUUCUGGAAAGGAAGUAGGAGAUUACCACGUGUAUCAAAGUACAACCGAAGAUGGUAUGGAUGAAGGAACAUAUGAAGAUUUCAACUCGAAGACAAGCCAUGACGACGAAUAUUCGACUGUAAAUCAGAUGAAGAUCCAAGACCCUAAGGCAGUAGACGCAGCCACAUUUGAACCAAUAUAUAGCGAGGAAGUUUACUCCGAGUUUCAGUAACAUGCCUGAUGUAUAUAUAACCAUAGUAAAACCUUUAUAUUACUAAUCCUGCAGCUGUGUUAUAUAAAUGCACAUUUAUAACAAUGAUUAUUUAUUACAGAUUCAAUGCCUUUUAUGCCCCUGGGAAAUGCUAUCAUUAUGAAAUUAUUCUAAUUGAGAAGGUUUUGAAGACGUUUUGAUUUACAUGUAGACAAUAGAACGCAAUGCAGCUUCGCCGCAGUUUUCAAAGGAAAGAACGCACUUAGAAUUUUGCCAUGCAACUGUAGGCCUUACGAUUUGACGAAUAAAAAAAAUCAAAUGAUAAGUUAUAACUUUAUUAAUGCGCCGUACAGAAAUAUUAUGUAAGUAUGUAGUUAUAGUGUACCCUCACCUGCUGCAUUGCUUUCCCUUAAACACGAAUCUUUGAUGUUUGGUAAAGCAAAUGGAUUGUACUGUCCCGUUUUUUCAAAUCAUGUUCUUUUUAAAGACAAUAAAUACUAUCUUCUUUAUGUGUCACAGGUUGUAUAAAAAGGACAUAAUGGUGAGUGAGGUUAGCUUUUUUAUUGUAUUUAUAUGUUUUAUUGGGUCAACCAGACCAAGUAUAAACAAAAAUAACAAAUCAAAC